UGUUUUACCGCCGACUCUGGCAACGCCGACCAAAUCGUUUGUAGCUAUCUUCGUCGUCAUGCAUUGUUGGAAAUAAUAGUGAAAAGUAUUUACAAAUUUAGCAAAAUCGUUUGUGACGUUUCGAUCCAAGUACACGAACCUCGCCACGUCGGUUAUAAAAAAGAACGGCAGUAGCCGCCUGCCAAGAGCGUCCAGCGCGGUGACUGUCGGGUAGCUGCAAGGAGGAAAGGAGCGACGAGCCGAGUGCAGCGACAAGAAAAUGCAUUUGUAGCCCUCAAACACGCUCGUACACAAAGACACACACACACACAGGGUCGCGCAAGCACACAUUGAAACUGACGCAGGCUGCAACAGCCAGGAGAACAGGAGACCCAGGAUCAGGAGCAGCUUCAUCAUCAGCAACGGCAGCAGGAGGAGGAGGAGGCGGCGGCGGAAAAAAGGGAGGAGCGGGAGCAGCAACAACAAAUGGCGCUGGUGACAGUGCAGCGCUCUCCCAGUGUGGCUGGCUCCUGCUCGAAUUCGGAUGGCGAGGCCGAGGACGACGAGGGCAAUAGCAAGCAGGGUGAGUGCAUCGACGCCGGCAGGGACAUUGCCCUGGUCCUGGAUCUCCCACCAAAGGACCAAAGUGAGCGCCGGCUGAGCACCGACUCCACCCGUUCCAGCAACAGCACGCAGAGUAACAACUCGGACAUUCAGCUCCAUUUGCAGUCCAUGUUCUUCCUGCUGCAUCGCGAGGAUACCCUAAAGAUGGCCGUUAAGUUGGAGUCACAACGGUCCAACCGCACCCGAUACCUUGUGAUCGCUUCCCGCAGCUGUUGCCGCUCUUCGACCAGCGAACAUCGCCGCCAUCGGAUCAUGCGCCACAACUCGGCAAAGGUUAGUGGAUCCUCGGGCAGCGGGUCGGGCGGCGCCACUACGCAACGGCAGAUGUCCGAGGAUCAUGCGGCCAGCGGAGCGGUGACAAGCACACCAGCUAGUAAAUGUGAUAAGUCAGCGGACAAAGAGAAUGCCACAGCGGCCGGCGAUAACAAGAAUACCUCGGGCAUGGAGGAGUCCUGUCUUCUGGGCAUUGAUUGCAACGAGCGGACCACGAUCGGCCUGGUGGUGCCCAUUUUGGCAGACACCUCCAUUCACCUGGACGGUGAUGGUGGCUUUAGUGUCAAAGUCUUCGAGAAGACGCACAUAUUCAAGCCCGUUUCAGUACAGGCCAUGUGGUCCGCGCUUCAGACACUGCACAAAGUGUCGAACAAGGCUCGUGAAAACAACUUCUAUGCCAGCGGUCCCUCACACGACUGGCUGUCCAGCUACGAGAGCCGCAUCGAGUCUGACCAAUCCUGUCUGAACGAAUGGAAUGCCAUGGAUGCACUCGAGAGCCGACGUCCCCCCUCGCCCGAUGCCAUACGAAACAAACCCACGAAGAAAGAGGAAACCGAGAGUGUCAUUAAGAUUAAGCUGAAGGCCAUCAUGAUGUCAGUGGAUUUGGACGAGGUUACCUCCAAGUACAUACGCGGCAGGCUAGAAGAGAUUCUAGACAUGGACCUGGCCGAGUACAAGUCAUUCAUUGACGAGGAAAUGCUUCUUAUACUUGGUCAGAUGGAUGCGCCAACCGAAAUAUUCGAGCACGUAUACUUGGGCUCGGAAUGGAAUGCCAGUAACUUGGAAGAACUGCAAAAGAAUGGCGUUCGCCAUAUUCUCAAUGUGACACGGGAAAUCGACAACUUCUUUCCGGGCACCUUCGAGUACUUUAAUGUGCGUGUCUAUGACGAUGAGAAGACCAAUCUCUUGAAACACUGGGAUAGUACGUAUCGAUACAUUUCCCGGGCCAAGGCCGAGGGAUCGAAGGUUCUGGUGCAUUGCAAGAUGGGCGUUAGCCGAUCUGCUUCCGUUGUGAUUGCGUAUGCAAUGAAAGCCUACCAGUGGGAGUUCCAGCAGGCAUUGGAGCAUGUAAAGAAGCGCCGAAGCUGCAUAAAGCCGAACAAGAACUUCCUUACCCAGCUGGAGACGUACAACGGAAUGCUGGACGCCAUGAAAAACAAGGAGAAGUUGCAGCGCAGCAAGAGCGAGACCAACUUGAAGAGCACAAAAGACGCACGUCUGCUGCCUGGAAGUGAGCCCACGCCUCUCAUCCAGGCUCUCAACCAGGCCAAGUCAAAGUCCACUGGGGAGACGGCAGGUGUCACUCCGGAUGGCGAGCAGGAGCCGGACAAGCGGCUGCAUCGACGCUCUACCGCCCAAAAAUCCCAGCGACGCAUGGUUCGACGUUCAAGUAGCACAUCGCCGAAAACCCAGACUGCUGUAGUCACUAAGCAACAAAGUCAGUCCAUGGAGAACUUGACGCCAGAGCGCAGCGUGGCCGAGGAACCGAAAAACAUGCGAUUCCCAGGCAGCAAUGGCGAGAACUACAGCGUCACUCAGAAUCAGGUGCUGCACAUCCAGAAGCACACGCCUCUGUCUGUGCGUACGCGGGUUCACGAUCUCGAGGCGCACCGAGCGGACCAACUGCCACCGCCUUCACAGAGCCAUCAGUCCCAACAGCCCGUUUGGACUGCCCUAAGCAAGCUGAUCACUCAAACUUCGCAUCUGGGAGGAACGUCGCGUCGCGACUCCGGGUCAUCGGAUGUGUUUUCCUCGCAGGUGGACAGUGUGUUUGCCCGAGAGGAGCGCGAAAAGCGGCAGCGCCGCAAAACACAGUCCUGGACGGAGUCUUUCGGACCCAGUGGGGGUAUCGUUCUGGACCAGCAGCAGCAGUCCAGCUCGGGAUCUAUCGUGCUGCGGCCACGCGGACCGCGCCAAAGAGAACUGCCUUCGCGGCAUGCCAGCUGGGGAUCAGGGGACAACCGAAGCAGUCUGAAUUUAAGGACCAGCUCGUGUUCCUACUACGACAGCAAUCGCAAUGCCACGACAACGGCCAUUGUCGAGGGCCAGAUCCAGGAUCUUAAGCGCAGCAGUAACUGCAACAUAAGCGAAGGAGAAGUCGUUGGUGUUGGCGAGGGCACCGUAAAGCGCACUAAGCAGAAACUAGAGGAAAAUAAGGCGUCGUUGAAAAAGCGCUGUCAGGAGGACAACAGUCAGGAGCAGCAGCUCCUCGAGACAGUGGAUAGUAGCGGCGGUGGACAAAAAAGGAGCCCAAGCUUACAAAGGAGCACCUCCUCGGCGCACAGCCCACGGCAAAGGCAACCACUGCGCUGCAACAGCGAGGAACUGAUGCACACCAGCGACAUUGAAAACAAGAACACCACCCACGGAGACCAGGCGGACGUGGUGGAGCUGCGGCAGGCCCAGAAUCCAUCGCUGGCCGAAGACCAGCGUAUUUCGGGCAACGUGCAAAUACUCAAGCAGAACUUUGAAGCCAAAGCGGGUGUGGUAGGGAGCGUUGGUGGAGGUGGGGGUGGUGGAAACGGAACCGGAACCGUUGUUGGAUCCGUAUCCGGAUCGGGUAGCAGUGCUGCGGCGACGGGGGUUGGGACGAGUGGUGGAUCCGUCAAUCCAAAUCCGUGUAAAAAGUCAUCCAGCCACCAAUCACUGCCCUCGUCGCCGGUAGCACAGCAUGCCAAUCAUGUGUCCACCGCCUCGAACUCCAACUCAUCCGAUUCCAGCGUAAGCGAAAAUUGUGAUCGUAAUGUAAAAGGUCUAGUGCAUAAAUAUCAAACUACUACUUCCUGCAGUAGCCAGGCCAACACCACACUGCCGCUCGCAACCACCGCCGCCAGCAACAUCAACGUGAACAACUCCAGCACCGGCAGCAGCACCACCACGACAACCACCACUAGCUUCAAGCAACGACCGCGCUCCUACUACGACCGCUCGCUGUCUAACCGAUCCACGCACGAUUACAGUGACAGUCGCCCGCCACCCGCACCCGUACGCAGCAGUAUGCCACAUCAUCCACACCACCAGACGCAGCAGCAACAGCCGGAGCAACAGGUGCAAAUUCGACGGCUGGCACAGCACGGAAAGACGCAUCCUCUGAGCAGGCUAAGUGCUCCCAAAACGGGCUUUAACACGGCCGCCUACAACACCAUGUAAAGCUCCAACAUCUGCUUAUCUGCCUGAUACAUGCAACUUUCAACGUGCAAUUCAUAAGAUCGCUCCAUCCAACCGCCCUCGCUUUACGUAUUUAUAUGUUUUCCAGCUUUCGCCCAUUUGUUUGUGUUUUUUUGUCCAACAAUCCAAUGUCCAACACCACCACCUCCCACCACAGACCACAGCCCACAUACAGCCCCGCCCCACCCCCUUAUGCCUUAUGUUUCUUGUUGUUGUUGUUGUAUAGGGCGUCCAUUAACGCGAUCCUGUGUCUGUAAUAUGUGAAAAGAACUACAAACAAAAAUAUUAGACAUGAUGAUAUGAAAACAAAGCAAAAACAACCUAUGGAAAAGAAACUGUAUUUGUACUUUUAAAUUACUUGUAACUGUAUACAUAUUUAUUUUAUAUUAUGCAAGAACUGCCUACGAAUAAACGAUUUAUUGUAUAUA